CUUCAGCUUUGUGUUUCUUCUUGGUUACAGCAUGUAAACCAGCAUAGAGUAAAUUAAUUUACUAAAAAAAUAACGUACAUUUGGCAUAUCUAUGUUUAAUGAAAGUUUUUUUUUCCCUCCAUGACAUUGAUGAUACACAUUUGAGGUUCAUUCAUAACAUACAAAACGUACAAUUGCUGUGCACACGAAAGUGGGAUAUACCGCGGAUUUAAAUGUCAGACUAUAGUGCUAAUCAUACUGUAGGACGAAACGCCACCCUCGUAUGGAUCAGCUGACUGCGGAAUGUUGGCGUUACAAAACAUUGAACACCGAUGUCUGACACUUUGGUCGCCCGGAGAGCAUUGAGACGGACUGUGACGAAUGCAACGGCAAAGCAGAUGUAACCGGGUCUUCGAAAUCUAGGAAUUUUUGACGUAUGUUAAAGCUUGUAGAUCACUAGUAUAGCUUUUUUUGUCGAUAUCGGAGUAUGUCAUAAUGGAUCCCACAGUAGCUCCGAUGCUAAACGAACCCGAGACCGAGCCAAGUUCGUGGUGGGGCUGGUGGCCAUCCUGGCGUCCAACUUCCAUGUCCCGUCUAAAGAGCACUGAGGCCAAGAUCCUUUCCCGUAUACAGAAUGACCUGUGGUCCCGGUAUGUCACAUUACCCAACCAGGACAGGAUAUGGACACUAACACUGACCAACAAGACUGCCCGUAAAGCUGCUGAGCAUGGCCAAAUGUUACCUUCCCCCAUAGCUCCUAAGAAGACUCCUCUGGUGAUGGUCCAUGGGUUUGGAGGAGGCGUGGGACUGUGGAUCCGUAACCUGGAUGCUCUGAGUGGCUCUCGGCCUGUGCACGCCUUUGACCUCCUGGGUUUCGGACGGAGCUCUCGACCAGGCUUCCCCACGGACGCUGCCCUGGCGGAGGAGCAGUUUGUCAAGUCUAUUGAACUGUGGAGGGAAUGUGUAGGUCUAGAGAACAUGAUCCUACUGGGACACAGCCUGGGAGGAUACCUGGCUACGUCCUACGCCAUCCAACACCCUUCUAGGGUGACUCACUUGAUCCUGGUGGACCCUUGGGGUUUCCCUGAGCGCCACCAGCCAGGGGUGGAGAACCCAGACAGACAGGGUCCAGACGUGGUGAAGAGGCCCCCCCUGCCUCGGUGGGUGAAGGUUCUGGCCUCGGUCGUCUCCCUCUUCAACCCUCUGGCUGUCAUCAGAGCAGCAGGCCCCUGGGGUCCUGGUUUGGUGAAUAGAUUUCGUCCAGACUUUAAGAGGAAAUUUGAGGAGCUGUUUGAUGAUGACACCAUGACCCAGUACAUCUACCACUGUAAUGCACAGAAUCCCAGUGGGGAGGUAGGCUUCAGGGCCAUGUCAGAGUCCCUCGGCUGGGCUAAGAGGCCCAUGUUGCAGCGGGUUCACCUGCUGCCCCCCUCCAUGCCCCUCACCCUCCUGUACGGGGCAAGGUCCUGGGUAGACAGCGCCUCUGGAGAACAGGUGGCCAAAAUCAGAGGCCGGACAGCCACACGCACUGUGAUGAUCGACGAUGCCUCUCACCAUGUCUAUGCUGACAAACCAGAGGACUUCAACAGAGUGGUCCGGAAUAUAUGUAACCUGGUGGAUUAAGAACGACUGACAAACCAAGAAGAUGAGUGUGUCUUCUUGGUUUAACGUCUAAGCACUUACAAUCAGAUGAUUGCGUAGACAUGGGUCCAUGUUGUACAGGCCAGUUUCACUACGCUCUGAUUAGUGGACACCAGUUGGCUGACUGGUUAUGGACAUGCCUGUGAGCUGACUGUCUUGACCUGACUGCCUGGGAGACCAGACCCCGCAUCAGGUCUACUGUCCAGGUUGACAGAUUCAAGCACUUAUUCAGUUGUCCAUUUUCAUCCAAACUGUUUCGGUAAGAAUGGCAAGGAGUUUUUCCUUUUUGACUGCAACAUGUUUUUCAUGGAUAUACAAGGUCACUUCAGCUGUUUUUAUUGUCAGGAAAAACAUGUUUUUUUACAUCUUGUUGUGGAUAAUUAGCAAUAUGAGUCUGGGUGAAGUGCUUAAUAUGUAAGGUUUGUAGUACAUAUUUAAACUAUUAUAUUUCUGUUUUUCAGUAACUAUGGCGAAUGCCAAUGAGGCUCACUUUUAUAAGGUGAACAAGGUUUAAAUGUGAUUGUAAUUUCAAUGACAUCUUAUGUAGCCAGUUUCACUGGUCUGUGCCACUAUGUGUAAUUUCUCUGACAUCUAUCUGGUCAUUCCACUAUCAAAGUGCUUUCUGUAGUAUACUAGUAUUUUAUACAAAUGUAUAUGAUAAACAUGACUGUCGCUUUUGUUCUGUCAGUGGUCUGCCUCUGUUUACCAUGUCCAUUAAGAGAAUUCAAGCGUCACUCCCAAUUUUUUUUGUUUCUUGACAUUGUAAAUGGUUUGUUGGUCUGUGUAUUUGGUUUAGUUAUCCAGUUAUCUCCAGAAUCUGACCUAAGGAUUCUUGUGUUGUAGAAUGUCUAUGCUCUGGGAAGCUGAAAUUCAUAAAGAUGCAUUUCUCAACAUGA